AUGGCUGACAACAAGUUUUUUUGUCGCAUGUACGAGAACGAGUUUCCCAAGGUUGACGAUGUUGUCAUGGUCAACGUUCGUCAAAUUGCCGAUAUGGGUGCUUAUGUUAAACUUCUCGAAUACGGAGACAGAGAGGGUAUGAUCUUGCUCUCUGAAUUAUCCAGAAGACGUAUCCGUUCAGUCCAAAAGUUGAUUCGUGUUGGCAGAGAUGAAGUUGUUGUUGUUCUCAGAGUUGAUGAAGAGAAGGGUUACAUUGAUUUAUCCAAGCGUCGUGUCACUCCCGAAGAUAUCAUCAAAUGUGAAGAGAAAUACAACAAGUCAAAGGCUGUUCAUUCCAUUUUGCGUCACGUUGCUGAGAAGAACGACAUGCCUCUUCAAGAUUUAUACGAGGCCAUUGGCUGGCCUUUGUACAAGAAGUUUGGCCAUGCUUAUGAUGCCUUUAAGAUGGCUAUUGUUGAUUCUGAAGCUGUCUUUGCCGGCAUCUCCAUGUCUGAUGACGUCCAAAAGGAAUUAUUGUCAAUUAUCAAGCGUAGAAUGACUCCUCAUCCCGUCAAGAUCCGUGCCCAACUUGAUUUAAGAUGUACUGGUAUCGAUGGUGUCAAUGCCAUCAAGGCUGCUUUAAAGGCAGGUGAAUCAGUUGGUUCAGAGGAAGUUCCCAUCAAGAUUACAUAUUUGGCUGCACCCUUCUACGUUGUCACUGUCGAUUCUUUGGAUAAGAAGCUCGGUUUUGAUAUUAUUGAGAAGAGUAUUGAGGCAAUAAAGACAGAAUUGGAUAAGCAUGCUUGGACCAAAUUCAAGGUUGAGAAGGAAGCUAAACUGGUAUCCGAUUCUGAUGAUAAAGAUUUCGCUGCCUUGUUGGCACAAGCAGAGAAGGAGAACGAGCUCGUUAGUGGUGAUGAAGACGAAGGUGAUGCUGUUGCUGCUAGUGAUGAUGAUAUGUAA